AUGGAAUAUAGAUUACUUGGUAAUACUGGAUUAAAAGUAUCAACUAUAGGUCUUGGAAAUUGGUUAAACAGUGAUAAUCCUGAUUGGUAACAAAGAACUAUUGAGAUUGUAAAAAAAGCAUGGGAUCUAGGUAUUAAUUUCUUUGAUACUGCAGAAGUGUAUGGCUAUGGUGAAGGAGAAAAGCAGUUUGGUGUUGCUCUCAAAGCUUUGAAUGUUCCAAGAGAAGAAUUAGUUAUUUCCACAAAAUUAUUUUGGGGAACCUAAAAAGGAGAUAAACUUAGAGUUAACUAACUUGGUCUGAACAGAAAGCAUAUUAAGGAAGGAAUUAAGAAUUCACUUCAAAGACUCUAGCUAGAUUACAUAGAUAUUGUUUUUUGCCAUAGAUUUGAUCAUGAAACUCCCCUAGAAGAAAUAGCUCGUGCCUUCACAGAGUUAAUAUAAGAAGGUUAUGUUCACUAUUGGGGUACUUCUGAAUGGAGUGCUGCAAAUAUCUACGAAAUGAGAGAAGUAUGUGGUGAAAAAAAUUUGAUUAAACCCUGUGCUGAAUAACCUGAGUACAAUAUGCUUAUAAGAGAUAAAUUUGAAGCUGAUUAUGCUCGUUUAUUUGAUAAAACUAGAAUGGGAUCUACAGUUUUCAGUCCUCUUCACUGUGGCCUCCUUACUGGAAAAUAUAACUAAGGAGGUGUUCCUUCAGGUUCUAGAUGGGAAAUCUUUUCUGAGGAUUAAUACCUAUAAAAGCUUUGGAAAAGUUACUUUGAUCCUAAUAAUAGAGAAAGAUUGACCAAAAUUCUUUAAAGUUUAGAAAAUCUAGCAAAAGAAUUAGGUAUGAGCUAAUCAUAGCUAGCUAUGAGCUGGGUUAUUGCAAAUAAAGAUGUGUCUUCUGCAAUUACAUCAAGCUCAAAAUAAGAACAACUAGAAGAAAUUGUUAAAAGUGUUGAACAUUACAAAAAGAUUACUCCAGAAAUAAAUAAAAGAAUAGAUGAGAUAUUAGGCAAUGCCCCUAAUCAAGGUUUUGACUUUAAAUACUAUACUCCAUUACCUCAAAGAAGAUGA